AAAGUGUGGCUACUGUCGUCCUACGAAGCUUGCUCAGGAUCAAAAAUACCUCUGGUUCCAAGGUCAUCAUGCACAAAGCGUUUAUUCGUACAAUUGCUUACUGUAUCCUACCAAAUGCAGGUGCAAUCCAAUAAAAUAUGAAUUUUCGAUCAUUCCACUAGGAUCCUCUUUGAUUCAGGGCAUCCUGAGCUUAGUGGUAGCUGUGGACCGUCUGACUGCCAUUACGUUUCCAGUAAGAUAUAUCAAGUUUGGUCGGGGUUACAACAUGGUGAUCUCUGCAAGUAAGUCUGUCACUUAUAUCCGCUCAAAAAACUGGUCAACUUACAUGCACCCAAAAUUUAAAAGUAUCCUUUAUUCCGAGUUUGCUCCCUCUUUAAAGCAAAGCAUAGCAGUCCCUGUGAACGGGUUUUCAUCGUCUCGCUUAUUUUAA